AUGCGGGAGAAUGAAAGAGGAGUGUUUGGUGUGUGGGGAAAAUGUGGGCAAGCGCAGAAGGUGGUGCUCCAGAGGUUACUCUUGAAACUUCCAUGGGGUCCUUCACAGUGGAGCUGUACUACAAGCAUGCGCCCAGAACUUGCAGGAACUUCAUUGAACUGUCUCGCAGAGGUUACUACGACAACGUUAAAUUCCACAGGAUCAUUAAGGACUUCAUAGUACAAGGUGGGGAUCCUACAGGAACUGGAAGAGGAGGAGAAUCCAUAUACGGUGCAAAGUUUGAAGAUGAGAUAAAACGAGAGUUGAAACACACUGGAGCUGGUAUUUUAUCCAUGGCAAAUGCUGGCCCAAAUACCAAUGGUAGUCAGUUCUUUAUUACUCUGGCACCUUGCCCCUCUCUCGAUGGAAAACACACAAUAUUCGGAAGAGUGUGUAGUGGAAUGGAAAUUAUCAAACGACUUGGCAGCGUCCAAACAGAUAACAACGAUAGGCCCAUCCAUGACGUGAAGAUACUGCGUACCUCAGUCAAGGAUUAGUGAUGAACCAAACUAAACAAAAAUGGCAUUUGAGAGUGCUAUGAGUCUUCAGAAGUGUCAAUUUUAUUUUUUUUGCUCUAAUCGUCCAUGUGCUGAAGACAUGUUUUCCAAGACUAUUUUGUGAGCAGUAGUGUUGGAACUGUUCAUGGCUGGGAAAGAAAUUUGAAUUUUAUGUAAAAUUUAAUCCUAAUUAUUAAGAUAAUAUUAAAAACUUCAAUGAGUAAACUAAUUAAAUUUGCAUUCUAAUUUUAAAAA